CUGGCCGUGACCCUCUGCCCUGGCUCCGCCGUGACAGGGAGCAGAUGUCCAAUGGCUUAAGGUUGGCCGAUCUCAUCUCCUCUCUUCUGUGUACCCACAAUCCACUUGCCCUAUUGACCAGUUCACCUGCCAUGUCAAACGCCUCAAGCAGCCACGACGUCUGGAGGAUACUUGACAACCGAAAAGAUGUUUCUAUACAGGCGCCUCAGAAGAUUUCAAUCAGACCGGCAGAUGCUACGCUUUGUUUGACUCUGAUUGGAUGUGGGACGCAGGAGCAAAAUGAACAUCAAGGUUAUGCAGCUGAGAACGUGACACAGACAGAGACCCCGACACCACUGGAACGCUCCACACCUAUGUCUUAUAGCUCUAAACCCACAAAUGUGGGUCAGGGUAACCCCAAUGCGACAGGGGUGACAACGAGCACAGAUUCAGAGCAGUUUAACCUCACCGUGACGGCGGCAAUCACGGACAGCUCUACAGACUCUCCGGUGACCUCCGCUGUGACCUUUGGAAAGACGCCCCCUGCACAGCCGGCCCAUAACACCAGCACCUCCAGAAGCUCCAGAGCCUUCAAAGCUGUGGUGUGGGAUGAGGAAUGGGACAAGCCAUUUCAUUACAAUUACUCCUCUGUACGAAAUGCAGGGCUAAUCAUCGCUGCGGUUCUCUUUGUGAUGGGAAUCAUGGUGCUUGGUUGUGGCAAAGUGAAACGAAUGCCACGGUGUCGUAUUGGCAAAGGAAGUUCAUAUGAGGUGACCAGAAGUUAACACUUCUCCCAGCAUUGAUCAGCUGGCUCGACAAUAAACAGAAGUACAGCAGGAGAACACAAAGGAGCCAGUCAGACCUGUUUCCACAGAGGUUACAGACUUGCAUUUCCCCCUUGUGAAAACAACAUCAUAAGGACAAGAUGGAGAGGUUGUGUGUGUGAGUGUGUUCAUUAUUUCAAACUGAUCUCUGGGUUUGUCACACAGAGGAGCCGGGGAAUAAGAUGUGUGCUAUUGUGCGGCACUAAACGCCAGCGGUAACACAACGGCUGGGACUUCGGCAGAUCCCAGCGUAAUCACGCGUCUCAGACACAAAAUCCCUUCAUCCCUCUGCUCUCCUGCACCAAACUGCUCGGUUUAAGUGUCAAACUUUGUACAACGUAAAGCUGUACUUGUGUUUUAUUGUCAUUAUUAUUUCAAUUCUGUGCAUCCUCUGAUGUGUCAAUCUUUUGGAAAUGGAAAAAAGCGUUAUGUGGCUCACAAGCGCCCUCAAGAGGCCAUCAGACACAUUUAUUAUGAGUUCUCCCAAGAGGAGAGAAUAAAAACAGUUUGGCUCAGUCUGUUUAGAGAUUCAUGUAUCUGAAUUCACCAUCUACAUCAUGGCCUUGUAAAAAAAAAUUAAUAAAAAAAAAAAAAUCUU